AGAAUUGCAACUAUGGCCUCAAAAAGAAAGCCCCUGGAUGACGCACGUAGAAGAGUGAAGGAGAAAUUAAGUGCAAUUGAUGAACAGAAGGAUUUUAUUCAAAAUUCUGUUGAACAACUAACUAGUGGGGUAAUAAAACUAUCAAGAAAUUGUAUGAAAAUUUUCACAUUGGUCAGCAAUGUGCAGAGAAGAUCGAGUUCUAUCUUUUUGGCCUAAUGUACAUGUAAAGGUCCUUAUAUAUAACUACAGUGAAACACGCAAUUUGAUUGGUCAAUAGCCGUGCAGGAUCAGGCUAUCCUGCACGAGGAAUUAAAAUGCUUUCGCGGGAUUCUCAAAAUGUCAUUGUUUCACUGUAGUUAUUAUAUAAAACAAUUACCAAAUGGUUUUCCAAGCAGGAUAGCGUGUCCAUGCACUUGGGAUGUUGCUCGACUUUCGGAAAGCGUAAAAAUACACUCGCCUGCGGCUCGAGUAUUUUUACGCUUUCCGAAAGUCUCGCGACAUCCCUCGUGCAUGGAUCACACAAUCCUGCACCAGGGCGUAAUAAAACACAGCACCCUGUUUUACAGCGCCCUGCCUGCACGGAAAACCAUUCGGUAUUCCUUUAAUACACACUGGAUGCGAUUCGACAACGCGACGCGAUGUUUUCGAUUUUCACUGACCAAUAACUUUGAUCCCAGUUUAAAUUUUCCAAAUAUUUAGAAGCGCUAUAACAUUUUGAGUUAUUUGGCCUACAUAUCUUUCAAAAUUUGCUUUCAUUGGCUGUUUUAUUAACUUUCAAAAACUAAAAAGUCGCGUCGCGUUGGCGAAUCGCGUCCGGUGUGUCUGGACCUUUAGCUUAGAAUAGAACUUCGACAUUUUGAAGCAUUUCAGACACUUCAAAGUAAUUAGGUUGCUUAUACAUGUAAUGCCCGCGUCUGAUGAUGAAUAAAUGCGUGCAAAGAUGUCACAUUUCAAUUUUCACCAUAAUGCGUAAAAAAAUACCUGUGGUAUCGCGAAAAAAUUAGGGUCUGUAGGUCGGAAGUAAUUUUUUUUUGGAAUAUUUUUUUCAUAGUUUUUUCAAUAAUUAGUGUGACAACAGAUGCCAUUUUGGCAGCAUCCCGCAACCACCCGGAGAAAAUAGGGUCGCACAGUCAAUCGCGUUGAAAAAAUAAUAGGGUCGGCAGAAAAAAGAUAGGGUCGGUCGGGAACCGGAACAACAGGUAUUUUUUUACGCCUAAACUGAUGAACAGGAAUAGUGGCAUCAGAAAUCGUUUUCAUACGCCAGAAUGACAAUCGUAUAUGGCUAGUUGUAGCAUGUAAAUGGGCCUAUACUAACUUGUACUCAUUUCUGCAUCUUAAAACUUGUGUUGUCAGGUGAAACAUGCUGCCAACAGUUUGCUAACGGAAGGCAACAAGACCAAGUUCUUUCAGAAAUAUCGUGCUGUGAGUCAAGAAUUGGAGAAAUGUCUUGACGACUUGUUGUUGAUCAGCGCCACAAUAUCAUCUCUUGAAGACGAGGAGGAGGAGAGUGCUGGGUCCGAGGAAGACGACAAGCCCCCGGAUGACCUAUCACCCACCACUUCUCAUGAAGGUAUGGGCGUGUUAGGCUUCACUCAGGGGCAAAGCAAAGGCCUUUCUGGCAGAGGCUUGACAGGGUUGUGGUUUCCGAUAACGACUUAAGUUUUUGAUAAAUAUUUUUCAAUAAUAUUUCAAUGUAAUGUAGGCCACAUAAAAAAAAAAUAGUUGGUUAGCGUCCCGCCCGCCCACAAAAAAGGCCCCGCUCAGGAUUUUUUUUAAAAUUUUUUAUUUAAAAAUAAACAACAACUUUUAUUGAUCAACGGGCUCUAAUAUAUGUAGUAUUUCUGUUGACUGUAGUCAAUUGUGUUAAUAAUUUGCGAAAUUGCGUGCGAAAAUGACGGUAUGAAUCAUAUUUUGAAAUAUAUAAAAAAAUAUCUGUACUGCGCAAGAAAAUCCAGUUUCGGACCUAACAGUGAGUAAAACCAAGGCGUUAAAAAUGAGUAAAAAUUAAGCGCCCGCCCGCCCACUUUUUGGCAAAAGCUAAGGACGCUAACCAACUAUUGUUUUUCAGUAUGCGGCCUUAAUUAUGUUUUAUAUUUACAUGGUGUAAAUGUCACAGGUCUGUGACAGAUGUUCCAAGGGUAAAGGAUGGCUUUUAUAUUGUUUAUAUUGGCUUGCUAAUCAUUUUUGUGUUGUUUUAGUUGCAUCAGUUCAAUGAGUGGGGACUUGAGUCAAAUUAUACUAAUAUAUCAUGUGAUUGAAGCCCAAGAAUAGCUUCUUACAAGUUCCAGAAUAGGGUCUUACCUUACAAGAUCCUACAAUAUUCUGUACAAGAUUGAAAUCUUGUAUUGAUCUUGGAAUCUUACAGGAUUUUCUGUGUUUCUUAGGAGCCUAUAUAAAGGAACCUGUUCAAGAAUCUUCUUAUCUUCAUAUCUUCUUGUUUUAGAGCACAGUCCAGUUAGGAAUUAUCCCAAGCAUCAAGAGAAUGAGCCUGCAUCUUGUGCGCCUUCUGUCAAAUCUUUGCCAACGGAAGAAACAACUUUAAUUUCGUCACCAGCUGACACUACAAAAGACUUGAUUGAUUUUGAGACACAGACCCCUGGCGUGUGUGUGAAAGAGAACAUUUCUGAGAGCUCCCAUUCUUUAAGUGACUUUGAAAGGAAUCACCAUGCUUUAAAAGGCAACCAUGGCGAUAUUCUGGCCACAAACGACUGCCAACAGGCCCCUUUAUCUUUUAAUUUAAUAGAAAGCUCUAGCCAUGGAGUUAAAGGCAACGGGAGCAAUAAUAAUUCACCUAUACCAGACCCAACCAAGAAACAAGCUAGCUUAGCUUUUGAUUUAAUAGACAUUGGCGAGCAUACUUUGAAAAAACCGACAAGUUUACAACUUCAAAAAGUUUGUGACAAGAAGACGGAAAAUAGUAACGAACAUAACAGUCCUAAAGAUGAAGCCAGGAAGCAAAUCGCCGUGGACAGUUCUCUGGAUUCAACUUCGUAUGUAAAUGACCUGUUUAUGUCAAGUCCACCGUUAAAUUUGCAAAGUGCAGCUGAAGCAGUUGACCGUAGUUCGCGAAGAAACAGUUUUGACUCUUUUGUUGAGGAAAGUGGGAAAAUAUUAGACGUGAGUGGUAAGGACACGUCAAAUGAAGUAGGAAAUGAGGGCGAAUGUAGUUCUCCAACUGCUGUUCGUUUAAAACGGAUUGGAUUCUGUGAAUAUAAGUCACAAGAGCAAGUGACAACGAUGCCGGGAAUAGCAAAUGACAUUGGGGAACAGGAAAUAGUAGUAAAUGAAAGAGACGUACUCAAAGUAACACUAAAUGAAAAUAACGAAGCCGAAAUAACAACGAACGAAAGUGAAAAGCCUAAAAUCACAGCGAGGUGCAAUGAAAAACUUAACACAAAAGCGAGUGACAUUGAAAAGCCUAGUACAGCAGCGAGUAACAUUGAAAAGCGUAAAACAAAAGCGAGUGACAUUGAAACGCCUAAUACAGCAGCGAGUAACAUUGAAACGCCUAAAACAACAGCAAAUAACAUUGAAAAGCAUAAAACAACAGCAAAUAACAUUGACAAGUCUAAAACAACAGCGAAUGACAUUGAAAAACCUAAAACAACGGCAAUUAACAUCGAAAAGCCUGAAAUGCUUGCCGAAAGCCUGAAAAGCUCCAAAAUGUUGAUGAAUGAAAGUGACAAAGCGAAAAUGAAUGACUCUGGCAAAGCCAAAAAAACAUUGAACAAAGACGAGAAAUCCGAAAUAAGCUUCGAAGCAGAGCUGUCACGGGCCACAGAGAAAACGGCGAAAGCAUCACAGGAAUGUACAAUCGCAUCAAAUGAAACUAAAAUUGAAAUUUCAAGACAGCGCCAACUUGUGACAGCGCCUUGUCAGGACGAAACGUUGAUCCAGAACUCUGAGGCCAAAAGUCAAAUGCAUGUUCAAAAAGGUAUAUCAUCCAAUUAUUUUAUACAUUACGAUUAACUAGAGGAAAGUACUAUAACCGCAUUAAGGCAAUAACAACCAAUCCUUUCCUUUGGCGCAUUCUCUCUCAAUGGAUGAUACCAGGCAUAGACGAAAUUUUAAUAUAGACGAAAUCCAUUACCAUAGCUGGAAAGAGCAUCUUAAAAUGAGUAAAAUUGCAAAGUUUGGUUGCGAAUUGUUGUAAAAUGAGGAAAAUAUAGCCCUGUGAAGUUCGCAAAUUUUGCCAUAUAUUUGCAUUACGCGCGGUAAAAAUAACCAUUUUUGAGCCGAAAGUGGUUAUUUUUACCGCGCGUAAUACAAAUACAUACAAAAUUUGCGAACUUCACAGGGCUACAUUUUCUUCAUUUUACAACAUUUAGCUUGCCUUGAUCCCGAGCCAACGGAGCGGAGCGUCGUGCGCGGGUACUAAUUCCGCCCGGCUAUUUACCCCCGGGGAAAGGAAAGCAUUAGCGAAGUCUACUGCUUGUGAACAGAUUUGUAACAACUUGUUUGCAGACCUGUAACAGUUUGUGCGUUUUUACGUGUGUAGAAUCAGAUAUAGCUGUAUGGUUUUUUUUUGUUUCAUUCAAUAAUUUUCCAGCGACUGACAAGAUUGAUACAUUUCCAGUAUCUGCUGGUGACGUCAUCGAAGAAGCUCUGAGGGAGAAACCCACGUGUGAAUUGGCGGACGUAAAAGGUAAGCACGUGCUUAGCAUUCCCUAUACACAUGAAAACCCACAACUUGUACACACGUAAAAAUCUCACAACUUGUUAACAAGAUGUGUUCGCAACAGGCUUUUGUCAACAGGUUGUGACAAUGCUGUUAUUUUAUCAAGUUGCUACAAGCUUGUCACUCACAACUUGUUGACAAGUUGUUGAAUUGCAGGACGAUGACAAGUUGUUGUAGCAAGUUGUCAACAAGCUGGGAACAAGCAGUGCGAACACAUCCUGUUGACAAGUUGUUGGAACAGCAUUGCUACAAGUCUGCUGCAGGUUUGUUACAACUUGUGUGUUUUAACGUGUGUACCUGCAGCAGGCUUGUAGCAAUGCUCUUCCAACAAUUUGUCAACAGGAUGUGUUCGCACUGCUUGUACCCAGCUUGUUGUGACAACUUGCUACAAGGUUGUUGAGCUCAACAGAUUUGUUACAAGUUGUUCCAACAACCUGUUGUCGUCCUGGAAUUCAACAUCUUGUCAACAAGUUGCGAGUGACAACCUUGUAGCAACUUGAUAAAAUAACAGUAUUGUUACAACUUGUUGACAAGCUUGCUACAAGCCUGUUGCGAACACAUCUUGUUGACAAGUUGUGAAAUUUUUACGUGUGUAACAAACCUGUUGCAAUGCUGUUUCAACAACUUGUCACUAGGUUGUGUUCUUAACACUUGAUCCAGGCUUUAGAAACUACGAUCGUUUUAUAUUCCGCAGGUUUACAGAUUCCUCCGUUUGAGAUUUCGAAAGACAAGUGUAUGAAAGUCACCGUGAAAGAGAUUCACAGUCCAAACGAUUUUUGGAUCCAGAAAGCAAAUGAUGAUUUAGACUUAUUGAUGGAAAAGAUGUGGUACGUACUGCACUCAAAACGUGUUCCAUAUUUCGCUGCAAUUUAUAACUGUUACUGAGAUAUCCAGUAUAAAUAAAAUUAGUUUAGUUUAGGUUUCCUCCUGUAGUAACACUGGAUCAAUAAGAGAUGAUCCUUAGUAGACCUCUAGGAAGAACAGUUUAGAACUGAUAGAGCUAUCCAGUAUAAAUAAAAUUAGUUUAGUUUAGGUUUCCUCCUGUAGUAACACUGGAUCAAUAAGAGAUGAUCCUUACUGGACCUCUAGGAAGAACAGUUUAGAACUGAUAGAGCUAUCCAGUAUAAAUAAAGUUAGUUUAGUUUAGGUUUCCUCCUGUAGUAACACUGGAUCAAUAAGAGAUGAUCCUUACUGGACCUCUAGGAAGAACAGUUUAGAACUGAUAGAGCUAUCCAGUAUAAAUAAAGUUAGUUUAGUUUAGGUUUCCUCCUGUAGUAACACUGGAUCAAUAAGAGAUGAUCCUUACUGGACCUCUAGGAAGAACAGUUUAGAACCGAUAGAGCUAUCCAGUAUAAAUAAAGUUAGUUUAGUUUAGGUUUCCUCCUGUAGUAACACUGGAUCAAUAAGAGAUGAUCCUUACUGGACCUCUAGGAAGAACAGUUUAGAACUGAUAGAGCUAUCCAGCAGAAAUAAAGUUAGUUUAGUUUAAGUUUCCUCCUGUAGUAACACUGGAUCAAUAAGAGAUGAUCCUUACUGGACCUCUAGGGAGAACAGUUUAUAACUGAUAGAGCUAUCCAGUAUAAAUAAAGUUAGUUUAGUUUAGGUUUCCUCCUGUAGUAACACUGGAUCAAUAAGAGAUGAUCCUUACUGGACCUCUAGGAAGAACAGUUUAGAACUGAUAGAGCUAUCCAGUGUAAACAAAGUUAGUUUAGUUUAGGUUUCCUCCUGUAGUAACACUGGAUCAAUAAGAGAUGAUUCUUACUAGACCUCUAGGAAGAACAGUUUAGAACUGAUAGAGCUAUCCAGUGUAAACAUAGUUAGUUUAGUUUAGGUUUCCUCCUGCAGUAACACUAGAUCAAUAAUGGAUGACCCUAACUGGACCUCUAGGAAGAAGAGUUUAGAAUUGAUCCAGUAUGUAAAGAGUGUGAGUUUUAUUUCUUUUAUUUAAUGCCCCAUGCAGGUUCAAGUUGUUGAACUCACUCCAGGCGGGGCUGAUAUUAAACUGACGAAUGUAAAUAAAGAGGAAUAUACACGGUGAGUUAAAGUUCACACCAACAUGUCAUUUCACUGUCUGGUAUACGUAUACGUAUACGUUUCAAGCCAAGUACCACGUAGCUACCCGGUACUUUUGCCAUCUGCUUGCUUAGCUAUUUGGUCUGCAUAUCUUGUAAAAUUUUUAUCCGUUGACGGUUUUAUUUGUUUCUGAAAACUGAAAAUUCGCGUCGCGUUGCCAAAUCGCAUAUGGCCCUUAAGGCUUGUUUCAAACGUAGCACAAUCGUCGAAUUUAAUUCAGACGAAUUUAAUUGAACGAUUUAAAUGCGACGGUAGUGCAUGCUCCGUAUGAAACGAAUUAAAUUCUUCUGAUGAAUUAAAUUCGUCCAAGACGUUUUAUCCGUCAUGGUCAGACGGAUACAGCGUCUGUAGCGCGUCUUCGUUUCAUAGGACGACGAUGUAAAUGCAUAAAUUAUGUUAAAGUCUGUUUCCCUCUUUCUGCUCUCGUGGGGUUUUUUCUGGGUAAUCCAUGAUCGCUAGUCAUGAAAUGGAUUCGUCUGAAUUAAAUUCGUCGUUUGAAACGUAUAUCCAUUUUAAUGUCGACCAAUUGACGAAUUUAAUAACGAAUUAAAUUCGUCUGAAUUAAAAUCGACGUAUGAAACAGGCCUAAAUUAACAAUGCGAACAUAUCUUGUUGGCAAGUUGUGAGAUUUUGACCUGUGUAGAUCGCCAUUCUGCCCAGUGAGCUAUCGAUCCAUUUUGGGAUUUUUUUGUAGCUUGAUUAUCGCGUGGAGAUUUGUAAAUCGUGUUGAAAAACAGAUGAAAAAGUUUAUGGAGGUAACACGCUUCCUCUUUCUAAUAGCGAAAGAUGUGUACAUGUAUUACAAUACCCUAAAAUUAACACUGAAUACGACGGGGUUUGUACAAAACUGGAAAAUCCUUGAUAGUCCUUGAAUUUGGAAACAAAAUUUCAAGGCCUUGAAAGUCAUUGAGUUUAUAAAGAAUUAAGUACUUGAAAGUUCUUAAAUUGUUCUUGCUUUAGUGGAUAUUUUCUGAAAUUGUUUGGCAUUAAGAAUUGGACGUUUUGUAAAUUCAUUAAAGUUGCCGUUUGAACAGUAUAAUGUCAUUUUCUACUGAUUUCUAACGCCUUUUCAGCCCUUUAUACUCCUUAAAUUUCCUGAUUCAUGGUCUUAAAAGUCCUUGAAAAGUUCUUGAAUUUAACUCUUCCUGACCUGUACCAACAACCAUGAUACGAUGUCCAGAUGAGAUGAUGAGAUGAUGAGACCAAUAAUAACAGUACUAUAUUAGUCUAUUGCAUUUCUUAUUCUAUCCUAACAUUUCCCGCUGUUAACGGUUCGAGGUGUACUGUGUCCUCAUGAAUAUAUUAACUUAUCACUAGCGUAGCAAUGAUACCUCUUCUAUCACCAAUAGUAACUAGUCAUUCGUCAGAGAUGGAGAAUUAUGUAACAAAAAUUUAAAAACUAUCCAAAUUACCAAACUUAUCAUCAGGGUAGCCUCAAAUAUCUUGUAGCCUUGGAUAUUGACACCCUCAUAUUCACAGUCCAGUACCACCCUAUAAAACUCUGCUUGACCGAAAAAACUUGAAGCGACUUUCUGCACAGCUCGUUGGUGGCUAAUUCAUUUCCCAUUUGCCCACUAUUUGAAGUGUAGCUUAAUUCCAUGCUAACGCCUGUUAUUUUACCAGUGAAAUACAUUUUAGGCCGAAGUUUUAUUCUACCAAUAACAUAUAAAUUUUAGGACAGAGUAGUAAAUUUUGCAAAAUUUUAGGGUUUCAAUGAGUUGGUACCACAAAAUCAAUUGAAGAUGUUUGAUGAGCGAGAACUCGAGGUAGGGCUUCAUCAACCUGCAUGUCACCGUAUAUGAGAUACUGCAUACAAAAUCGUGUGUAAUCAUGACCCCUACAUACGGUAUCUAAAGCCUGGUUUAGACUAUCAAAGUUUCUGUGAUCACAGUAGGAAUUUUGCAUGGGUAAAUUCUAAGUUUUGAAGGAUUUGUUAGAAAUAUUUCAGGAAACUCAUUCAUUGUUAAACACGGAGUUAGUUCCUUCAAACAUUUCUUACAUAUCCAUCUCAGACUCAUUAAUAAUUCAUGAGUAAAUUAGCCAACCAUAUUGCUUUAUUUUUCUCACAUGAUAAUACAACAGCUGGCCUCUGUAGCUCAGUUGGUUAGAGCGCUGCACCGGAAUCGCAGAGCCGUAGGUUCAAUUCCUACCAGAGGACCUUGUGCUGCAUUUUUCGCAGUCGUUCCUGGUCAGGUCUUAAAAUGUAUUUAAUCACUUGGAUUACAAACCCUAACAUUCUAAUAUUAAUUCCACCAAGUGAAGUGCAAGAAACCACAUCAUUCAAGUCCACCUUAUCACAACCCGCACACCCGAUUACCUAUAUAUACAUGAACUUACGGUUACAGCUCAACAGCUGGCCUCUGUAGCUCAGUUGGUUAGAGCGCUGCACCGGAAUCGUAGGGCCGUAGGUUUAAUUCCUACCAGAGGACCUUGUGCUGCAUUUUUCGCAGUCGUUCCUGGUCAGGUCUUAAAAUGUAUUUAAUCACUUGGAUUACAAACCCUAACAUUCUGAUAAUACUGGAUACCUGAUGAAGUAUAUUGAUCCAGUCCUAGGAUUGGUUGAAAAUUAAUUCAGUCCUUGGACUGGAUCAAAAUUAAUUCACCUCCGACUUUAAGUAGUGAUUUAUUCGUAUGCGAUGUCAUUUCAAAUCCUCCAAUUCGGACUGGACUAGAUUUCAAUUUCGAUUUGAUCCAGUCCUCGACGAAUCAAAUUGCGCGAACUUGAAAUCUAGUCCAGUCCUCAUAGUCGGAUUUGAAAUAUUACGUAACUUACAUUUGUAGCUUCUAAUGUGUGGUGUUGCAGUGGUGGAUGUUGACGAUUGGAGAAAGAACACGAUGUACCGCGGUUAUUACCAUGAUCAGCAUUCCACUAUACAAUGGUUUUGGAAGGUAAAUUGUUAUCGACUAAUGAUGCAUGAGAAACAAGCUUCCCUCUUGACUGUUCGGAGAGAACUGGAUUUUCCCAGCACUGUGGUUUGUGGCUGAACUACCAGAAAAAAAGAUUGAAACCUUUUGGACAUUCCUGGUGAAUGCUCUUCGUCCACACAUGUGAAAACGCACAAGUUGUAACAAACCUGCAGCAGACUUGUAGCAAUGCUGUUCCAAUAACUUGCCAACAAGAUGUGUUCGGACUGCUUGUUCCCAGCUUCUUGACAAAUUGUCAACGGUUUGUUGAUAACUUGCUACAAGGUUGUUGAGCUCAACAAACUUGUUACAAGUUGUUCCAACAACUUGUUAUCGUCCUGCAAUUCAACAAUUUGUCAACAAGUUGUGAGUGACAACCUUGUAGCAACUUAUAAGAUAACAGCAUUGUUACAAUUUGUUGACAAGCUUGCUACAAGUCUGUUGCGAACACAUCUCGAGUAAAAAUCGGACAGCUUGUCAACAAGAUGUGUUCGCACUGCUUGUUCCCAGUUGUUGACAAGUCUGGGACAAGUUGUUAUCAUCUUGUAACAAAGUUGAUGAGGCCAACAGGCUCGCAACAAGUUGUUGCAACAAGUCUGAUAUCGUCCGCACGUAACAAGUUGUUAACAAGUUGAUGACAACAAGCUCGUAGCAACUUGUUACGAACAGGCGGUAUUAGUCUUGUUGGAACAACUUGUAGCAAGUGUGUUACCGUCAUCAACCUUGUAACAAGGUGAUAACAACUUGUUCCAGACUUGUCACAACAACUGGGAACAAGCAGUGCGAACACAUCCUGAUAUCGGCCUGAUCGACGACAACCUUGUAGAUCUGGAACAACUUGUGCGUUUUUACGUGUGUAGAAGCUUCUGACUUCUUGACGAAUACACACGUAAAAACGCACAAGUUGUUACAAGUCUGCAAACAAGUUGUAAAAAAUCUGUUCACAAGCUGUCAACAAGUUGUGUUCGCACUGCUUGUUCCCAGUUGUUGGAACGACUUUGGAACUAUACAAUUACUUUAUGGUUUCCGUGUUUGGAUGGCCUGAUCCAAACACGCGGGAAUGUUGCGAGAGUUAAGAAAAGCGAGCGAAAUCACGAGCCGAAGGCGAGUGAUUUUGCCCGCUUUUCUUAACUCGAGCAACAUUCCCAAAUGUUUGGAUCAGUCCAUCCAAACACGGAAACCAUAAAGUAAUUGUUUUAUAAAAUAACAACAACACGGUAGUCUUCCGUGUUUGGAUGGCCUGAUCCAAACACGGCUUUCGACCAAUCAGAAUACGCGUUAUAUACAUGUUAUUUUAUAAAAGCUGUUAAUAACUUGGAACAAGCUGUUAAUAACUUGUAACAAGUUUGAUGGCAUUAUCAGACUUGUAGCAAAGUUGUUCUAACAAGUCUGAUACAGUCAUGAUAUAACAAGAAUGUUACAAGGUUGACGACACAAGGUUGUAACAAUAUUGUUAUAUCAUGACUGUAUCGGACUUGUUGGAACAACCUUACAACAAAUCUGAUAAUAUCAACAAGGUUGUUGCAAGUUGUUAACAGUUUAUUCCAAACUUGUUGACAACUUGUGACAAGCAGUGCGAAGACAACUUGUUGACGACUUGUUGGCAGACAUGCUACAAGAUGUGAGAUUUUUACAUGUAUAGCCUUCGCUCCUAACAUUUUUGUCACUUCUGUAGGCAGUGCAGUCGUUCAACAUGGAAGAUCGUGCAUGUUUGCUACAAUUUGUUACUGGUACAUCGCGAGUCCCAAUGAAUGGUUUUGCUGAGUUGUAUGGUAGCAAUGGUCCGCAGAAGUUCACCAUUGAACCGUGGGGAAAAGCACACUCGUUGCCAAGAGCACAUACCUGGUAGGUUCCCUUGUGAAUUAUCAUAACCUAUAUACAUGUAUAGUAAGGACUGUCGACCGUUCAAGUUGAGGUCGCACUGCUUGUUCCCAGUUGUUGUAACAAGUUUGGAACAAUCUGUUAACAACUUGUAACAAGUUUGAUAACAAGAAUGUGAUGACACAAAGGUUGUAACAACACUGUUAUAUCAUGAUUGUAUCGGAACACGUCUGAUAAUAUCAACAAGGUUGCUAUAAGUUGUAGUAAGUCUGCCAACAAGUCGUCAACAAGUUGUGUUCGCACUGUUUGUCCCAAGUUGUCAACAAGUUCGGAACAAGCUGAUAACAACUUGUAACAACCUUGUUGAUAUUAUCAGAAUUUUUGAAAGGUUCCAAGAAAUCCGAUACAAUCAUUUUAUAACAGUGUUGUUACAACCUUUGUGCCAUCAACCUUGUAACAUUCUUGUUAUAUCAUGACUGUAUCAGACUUGUUAGAACAACCUUGUAACGUGUCUGAUAAUGCCAUCAAGUUGUCUUCGCACUACUUGUUCCCAGUUGUUGUAACAAAUUUGGAACAAGCUGUUAACAACUUGUAACAAUUUUGUUGGCAUUACCAGACUUGUAGCAAGGUUGUUGUAACACAGUCAUGAUAUGACAAGAAUGUCACAAGGUUAACUACACAAGGUUGUAAUAGUAUUGUUCAUCAUAACUGUAUUAGACUUGUUGGAACAACCUUGCAACAAGUCUGAUAAUAUCAACAAGGUUGUUACAAGAUGUUAACAGCUUGGUCCAAACUUGUUGACAACUUGGGACAAGCAGUGCGAACACAACUUGUUGAAGGCUUUUUUUGCAGACUUACUAUACAAGUAAAAACGCACAAGUUGUUACAGGUCAGAAACAAGUUGUUACAAAUCUGUUCACAAGCUAUCGACAAGUUGUGUUCGAAUUGCUUGUUCCCAGUUGUUGUAACAAGUUUGAAACAAGCUGUUAACAACUUGUAACAAGCUUGACGGCAUUAUCAGACUUGUUACAAGGUUGUUCUAACAAGUUUGAUACAGUCAUUAUAUAACAAGAAUGCUACAAGUUUGACGAACAAGGUUGUAACAAUAUGGGUAUAUCAUUCAUGUCAUGACUGUAUCGGACUUGUUGGAACAACCUUGCAACAAGUUUGAUAAUAUCAACAAGGUUGUUACAAGUUGUUAACAGCUUGGUCCAAACUUGUUGACAAUUUGGGACAAGCAGUGCGAACACAACUUGUUGUGUAUUUAAUUUGGUGUUUUUCUAAAAUCUAUGCCGUUAUCCUUUUAGUUUCAAUCGUCUGGACUUACCAAAGUUUAGCAGCUAUCACGAACUCAAAGAAAAAUUAAAAUUAGCAAUUUAUAACACAGAAGGAUUUGAUGGCGUCGACUAACAAGCAAGAAGACACACGAGGUACGGCAAUAAAAAUGAAUGUAAUUUUUCAAAAUAACUAGAGAUGCGCAUGGAUGGACUACUAUAUUAAGUUAUAACAAUUGAUACAACGCCAGAUAUUUGCGCAAAAUUUAAGAAACAAUUUUGAAUAAGUUGCGACUAUAAAUCUAGGUGUAAUAUCUAUUGAGUCUAGAGUCGCUGGAACGAUUUCCAUAUAGUAUGUAGUAUAUUUAGUUAUAUGCAUGUAACAGUACUAAGGAUUAUAGAAGGGGGGAGGGGGGCAUUCAACCAGAAAUGUCGGAUGUAAAAUCGUGCUAUAAACAGCUUUCUAUAUAAACAGUAUAGAAGGCCCAGUGAGCGCUGUAUAUUACUGGAGUUAUAUAAUCGAAUCUUCUAUCCUAGAGUAAUUUCUUGGGUUUCAAUCACGUGAUAUUUUAACAUAAUUUUACUCAAGUGGGAGAUCAAAGAAACAAAAUGGCUGUCAACGCAUCUUAUGUAAAUGAGUUCAGCGACUAUUAAACAAUAUAAAAGCCUUCCUUUACACACGUGAAAAUCUCACAUCUUGUAGCAAGUCUGCCAACAAGCUGUCAUCAAGUUGUGUUCGCACUGCUUGUCCCAAGUUGUCAACAAGUUUGGAACAAGCUGUUAACAACUUGUAACAAACUUGAUGGCAUUAUCAGACUUGUUACAAGGUUGUUCUAACAAGCCUGAUACAGUCAUGAUAUGACAAGAAUGUUACAAGGUUGACGACACAAGGUUGUAACAAUAUUGUUAUAUCAUGACUGCAUUGGACUUGUUGGAACUACCUUGCAACAAAUCUGAUAGUAUCAACAAGGUUGUUACAAGUUGUUAACAACUUGUUCCAAACUUGUUACAACAACCGGGAACAAGCAAUGCGAAGACAAAUUAUCGACAGCUUGUGAACAGAUUUGUAACAAAUUGUUUUCAGACUUGUAACAACUUGUGCGUUUGUACGUGUGUACCCCAGUGAACUCUAGUGUACCCUUGAUACAGACCACGUGACGUACUACGAGACGUCACAUGUGAAACCCGAGAAUAUCCUCUAUAUGCCUUUAAAAGAAAGAAAAUUUUAUAAAAUAUGAUUGGCCGACACAAAUUUUCCGUCGGAAAAAACUUUUGAAGUUGAAAAUUUUCAACUUUUAACAAUGAUAUUUUUCGGAAAAUUUUCUGUCCAUGGAAAUUUUUCUUGAGUGGAAAUGAGCCUUAAAACCUUGUUUGCAUUCACUGAUCGACGUAGAGAAAUUAGAGGACGAGGAUUUCUAAUUUGCAUUAGAACAAGUUGGUGGAUAACUUCAGGUAUAUAUGGAACUCACUAGUCUUACCCUAAGGGGCCUGCUUGUAGGCUAGUCUUGCCCUAAGGGGCCUGCUUGUAGGCUAGUCUUGCCCUAAGGGGCCUGCUUGUAGGCUAGUCUUGCCCUAAGGGGCCUGCUUGUAGGCUAGUCUUGCUCUGAUUUCAUCCCGACUCAGCUCAUACUUUAAGAAAACAAGAGUAGAGUAAUAUAGUAAUAUAGUUAGGUAAUUUCUAUGUCGGUGCAAUACUAGAAAAAAUGUAUAAAACAUUUUAUAAAGAUUAUAUUAUGCAGUAGGUUAUGAAUAUCGAUUGUAGUAUACAGCGUGUUGUUGUAUAAAUUUCGCUUAUAGUAAAUUAGUAUAAAUUUGAAAACUACUUUAUGCUGACC